AUGAAGAUCACUUCGUUUGCUCUGGCGACCAUUGCCCUCGCUUUGAUGGCGGACAACACUGAGGCUCUCCCCGCCAUUCGCAGCUACAAGGGUGUUUCGCCUUACAAAGCGCGCUACACCGCAAACCCACCCAUGCCACCCAUGAAGGAUCCUCGUUCUGUCGCUGGCGCUCGUCGUAUGCGUCUCAGCUCUAACGAGGCACUCGAAGAGACUUACCUCGAUGAGCUUCACUAUAUCCCUGCUCAUGGUAACCCCGAAGCAUCCGCCCAGUUCUGGAACAACGUGCAGAACCGACUCGAGUCAGCCAUCAACAAGCUCGACAAGGCUACCACCGCUCUUGGUAUGGGUAACGCCAUAUCUCCUUACAAGGCAGCUAAUGCUGUCAAGGGCGCUGCCAAGUCGCUUGGUUUCACCUUCACAGUUCAGAGCCACGGCUCGAACCUACAGGACUUGAGCUUCAACUUUAACACCUCCAAGCCUCUCUCCUGGGGUGACGAGGCUCAACUCUCGGAGGCUACUCGCGAGGACGCCAUCUUCGAAGGCAAAGGCAAAGGUUUCGACUCGACUCUUCCCAACUUGCCUGCCGACUCCGGUUUCGAUUACAAGAACGACAAAGUUCGUGGUGUCAACCUCGGCAACUGGCUCCUCUUCGAAGCUUGGAUGGAUGGCAAGCUCAUGCAGUCCCUCAACGACCAUGCUAUCAAUGCUCCUUGGCCCAACCCUAUCAUUGACGAGUGGACAGCUGGUCUCUACUCGGACAAAGGAUGGGCAUCCUACGUCUUGGAGAAACACUUUGACGAAUGGAUGACCGAAGAUGAUUGGAAAGCGAUCAAGGCUGCUGGUCUCAACCACGUUCGUAUUCCUGUUCCUUACUUCAUGUUUAAGGAAGCUGUAGGGCCCAACGCCCCUUACUUGACCUUGAACCGAUUUGCAAAGUUGAAGCAAGGUGUUCAGAUGGCCAAGAAGUACGGGUUGAAGGUUUGGAUCGACUUGCACAGUGUUCCUGGUUCGCAGAACGGCUUUGAUAACUCGGGUCAUUCGGGACCGAUCAACUGGGCUAACAACCCGUCGUACUAUACGCAGACUCAGUACGCUUUCAACCGUCUCGUCACCGAGUUUGUUCAGGAUGACUACGCUGGUGUCGUGACCGCUAUCCAAGCUGUUAACGAGCCAAAGGGUAAUGUUGUACCCGAGGUUCAAGAGUUGCUGAACAAGUACUACCCUUGGGCUCGUGACAAGGUUGCCAAACCCGACGGUUGGAACAAGUACUCCAACAUGCUCCUCGCAAUUCACGAUGCUUUCCAGGGCCUGCAAUACUGGCAAAACUUCUGGACGGGUCGUGCUCGUCAUCGUGUCCUACUCGACACCCACCCUUACUUUGUCUACUCGGAUUGGGAACAUCAAGCUAAAGACACAGAACGCCUCCAGGAAGCCUGCAACCUCGUCGGAUCUUUCGAAAAGUCGCAACAGUACUACCCCUCGAUCGCGGGUGAAUGGGGAAUCAACGGACCCAACGGAGACCGUGCGCAGGAUCGCAACCUUCCUGUGGGUCCUGUCAAGUUCCCUUCCGGUCCCAACUAUCCUUAUUCGGUGAAAUACAUGGCUUUCAUGGCGAGGAACUUUAAGACGCAGCAAUGGAUUUACGAGCAAGGUGGUGGAUGGAUCAUGUGGUCGUGGAGGAACGAUAACAAUCCGGAUUGGUCAUACAAGACUGGUUUGCAGUACGGUUGGAUUCCUUCCGACUUGGACCAGCAACCAUAUGGUGCUAACCCUUGUGCUUGCAUCCCGAGCUUGAUGGAGGCGGCCAACAAUGGUACUGCUGAGGCUGAAUGGGCCAAGUUCGAGUUGGAGGAGGCAAUUUACUAA